AUGCUUCACUCCAAUACUACACCAAAUGGGUUAGCUCCCGGCACACAACUCCAGCUACUCCCCACCUUAUCCGACGGCCGCCUCCGGUGUCAAGCAUUGAAGUUAGCACCAGGGCUCAUUGAACGCCAGCAAUGUCCACAGGAAGCGACCCAUGAGAUUGUAGAUGGCCGCCCAAUAUUCUGUCAGAACUGUAGUGACAUAUUUGGCAUCGAUCAACCGGGCCAAAGUCAAUCCUCGCCUACGACACCGGACCUAGUAGAUGAUGACGACAGUGAACUUCCAGCCAGGGAGGUGAUUACUAUACAGCUUAAUUUUUCCGAUAUCGCGACUCGUGUUACCGAAGACAGAGUCUGCGGUAUAUGCAUGUCGAAGAAAUUGAGUAUCCUGAGGCUGACGAAUUGUGGUCAUGAGAUUUGUGAGGAAUGCCUUAGGGAAAAGCUCCUCACGGAGAUUGGCUCCCGUUUCGACUGCGCGUACUGCAGAAUGUGGAUGUUGCAUAUUCCGCGGAACGUGCUUUACAGCAAAAAAUAG